GCAGGAGCGUGUGCUGUGUUUUUGUUUUGAUUGGUUGGUUGUCGGCGGGAUGGGUUUUUUUUCCCAGCGGCGUCGCAGUGCAGCCCCUUACAGGCCGGCGGCGGCGGGUGGAUGAGGAAAUCUGACUGGUGUCUUCACACACACGGAGGGAGAGCUGGGAGCGAUAUGGUGCCGUGACUCAUUGAAACGUGCAGGGGGAUUUUGUUUGUGAUGUGCUUCACUAAAUGGUCGCUCCCUUCGAUGUGAAGCUUUCACUCCGACAUUUUCCUUUGUAGACGGUGCUCGAGAACGAUAACGAAAAUGACCUUCAUGUUGUUCACAAGCUGCCGGUCAUCGAUAUGGAAGACGCUUAACGUGAUGUGUCGGCGGGUGAGGAAAGGUGGUGUUGGUGAAAUUGCCUGUCUUAAGUGUACUGCACUAAGGUUGACAAGCCACAGAAAUGUUUGGCUCAGAAACUGCAGCACGGUGUCUACAAGCAACAGUCCUUUGCACAUAAGAGAUCGUUAUAACAACUGGACAAAAGGCCCAAAGCGUUGGUACUGUGGGGUGUUGGGUGCUCCUCUGCCAUGCACUUCUACCAACAUGAGUUUUAUUGGAACCAAAUGUGUUUCAGUAAGAUGGUGGCAUUCUACACAUCACCUAUUUGAUGACUCCAAGGUAGAAAAAUCUCUAAAGUCUCUAAAGGACAAGAAUAAGCGACUGGAGGAAGGAGGUCCUGUGUAUAGUCCUAUAGAACCUGAAGUCCGCAAGUCUUUGGGUCAGAAGAUUGUAGAUGAAGUAAAACACUAUUAUCAUGGCUUCAGGUUGUUGUGGAUUGACACAAAGAUAGCAGGCAGAAUGCUUUGGCGAAUCCUGAAUGGAUAUGCUCUAUCGAGAAGAGAGCAUAGACAGUUCCUGAGAACAUGUGCUGACCUCUUUCGCCUGGUGCCCUUCCUGGUUUUCAUAAUAGUUCCAUUCAUGGAAUUUCUUCUUCCGGUUGUUCUUAAACUUUUCCCUAAUAUGCUUCCAUCAACCUUUGAGACAAAGUCAAAGAAGGAAGAAAGGUUGAAAAAGGAGCUGAGAGUGAAACUUGAAAUGGCAAAAUUUCUUCAAGAUACAAUUGAAGAGAUUGCCCUGAGAAAUAAAGCAGCUAAGGGAGAUGUCACAAAGGACUUUUCUACUUUCUUUCAGAAGAUUCGAGAUUCUGGAGAGAGACCAAGCAAUGAGGAAAUCAUGCGUUUUUCUAAACUGUUUGAGGACGAGCUAACACUGGACAACUUAACGCGACCUCAGCUGGUAGCACUUUGUAAAUUGCUGGAGCUGCAGUCAAUAGGAACCAAUAACUUCCUACGGUUUCAACUGAUUAUGAAACUGCGUAGCAUUCGUGCAGAUGAUCAGUUGAUUGCAGAAGAAGGGGUAACCACACUGAAUGUAAAUGAGCUGCAGGCAGCCUGCCGGACUCGGGGAAUGAGAGCACUAGGGGUGACUGAAGCACGCUUACAAGAGCAACUUAAACAAUGGUUGGAGCUACAUCUGAAUCAGCAGAUUCCAACUUCACUUCUACUUUUGUCCAGGGCAAUGUUCCUCCCAGAUACCCUUUCGCCUGCUGAUCAGCUUACAACAACUUUGCAGACCUUGCCAGAUAGUGUGGCAAAGGAAGCACAAGUCAAAGUAGCAGAAGUUGAAUGUGACAAGGUGGAUAAUAAAGCCAAAUUGGAAGCAACCUUGCAAGAGGAGGCAGCCAUCAAGAAGGAGAACCAGGAGCGAGAGAUGGAACGUAUGGCAGAAGCUGCUGAAAAAGCUAAAGAAAGCUUACAGGUUGAAGCUCGGAAGGAAAUAGAAUCAGCAGUGAAUCUGGAAGCAGCAGCUGUCAAUGUGAAGCAAAGCCAGAUUGCUGUCGAUACAGAACAGGAAUUAGCUAAUGUAGACCUGGCAAUGCAUUCUGAGACCUUGAAAGACACAGCGCCAGUACUGGAAGGAAUUAAAGGUGAAGAGAUUACAAAAGAGGAAAUAGAUAUGCUCGGUGAUGCUUGCACGAAGUUGAAGGAACAGAAGAAACUAUUAACCAAAGAGAAGGAAGAGCUCGAGGAAUUAAAGGGAGAUGUACAAGAGUAUAAUGAGGAUUUAGAAGAAAUUAAGAAGGAAUUGUCCAAGACUGGAAAGGAAACAAUCGUAGAAGAGUCCAAAGCUAGCAAACUAUUAACGAAGAGAGUAAACCGAAUGAUCGGUCGGAUUGACACACUCAUUGUUAAGCUGGAGAAAGGCAAAGAGGUGUUGGAUGGACAACUGGACAGUGAUGCAACAUCUGGUUUCUAUUUCACCUUCAGGGAAAAUCUCAUCAGCAUCAAUGAGCUGAUCAGUGCAAUGAAGCAGAUCCAGAAUAUCCCACAGCACAAAUUACAAAAGAUUGCUGAAUCCCUGGAUGAAAACAAAGAUGGAAGAAUUGACAUCAAUGAAGUCAUAAAAGUGGUGAAGUUAAUUGAUAAAGAAGAUAUAGACAUCUCAACCAACCAGGUUGCAGAGAUUUUGGAAUUAUUGCGCAAGGAAGAGAAGGUUGUAGAACAGCAGAAAGCAAAAGAGAAGUCAGAGAAGGAACAGGCGGCAGAAGUCCAAAAUUAAACAGCUUCAUCUAAUAAAAUGCUUGAUAUCAGAAUUUAUCUAAUUUUAUUUGUUUGAUUUUUUAAAUUUGUUAAAAGCAUAACUAAAGGAAUCAAGUGGAUAAUGUGUACCGCGGAGGAAUUGUAGAUUGCUGCAUUGUGCUACAGAAAUGGAAUAAUGUUUUCUGUUAUGCCAAGAAUUGAAUCCCACCGUUCCAGAAGCUUGGAAACAAUGUUUCUUUGAAAAUGCACUUAUAAAAGUAAUGUUAUUGUGAUGUGGUAAGCUCUAAUAAUAUUGUUUUUAUAAAUGAACAAAGCAACAGGAAAACAUAACCUUGGCGGUGUUAAAGAAGUGCUUACAGUGGACAAUAAGUCAGUUAAUUGAAAUUGAGCACCAAAUCGCUUUCAGGAAGUAUUUGCAUUAGCACAAAUAUGUCACUCUGGACCACUACAAAACCUUUUCAAUAUUGGGGCCUAUUUCAAUUUCAAAAUCUUCAAAGUAGUGUCAAUUAAGACUGAUUUUCUAUUAAUUCUAAAGAUGAGUGCUACACAGUGGAAUUAGAUGAAUGCACCAAACCAAAGAAUAUUUUUAGCUAUUUUUGGAAUAAGCUAAAUUCUUUUUGCAUCUGAAAUGUUAUUAUAGUCCUUAAAAGGUUCAAUCUCAGUCAUAUAGUGCAUCUACUCAAUUAUAACUUACGCAUUUUUAAUAAAUGGUAUGAAUGUUGGACUGCAUUGCUACUGUUUACUCCCACACACCCCAAACAGCUUAUGUUUUACUGUAUUGCUGAUUGAUUGCAUAUGUUCAUGAAUCAGGUUUUUGGAAUACACUCAGGUAUUUCUAAAUUUAUUUUUUAAGUUGUUAAAUAUUUAGUGAAGAAAAAGCUGGCCCAUUGUUCAAAUUAUACCCUUAUUUAUAUUGCAGAUACUGUGGUGGUUGCAGCAAUUGAAAUGUUUUUAUUUGCACAAGAUUGUGCUAUACUAAUGGAUAAUGUUGUGGCUAAUUAAAUUUGAACGUUAACUACAUUUCCAUCACAGAACAUUUUCAUAUUUUACCUUUUUUUGCACUGGCAUGGUAAUAUGGAGUUCAAUAUGUAAAUGUAUUUUCUUUGUAAUUGCAACACAUUCAAAAAACACCUACAUAUGAAUAAGAUGGAAAAGUAUGAUAACCUGCAGAUUGUAGACUCAGUUCUCGUUUCCAAUCAGUUAUAUCAAGCGAAGUAUACAUUGACCUUAAUAUUUUCCUAAACAACUUGUAUAAAAAUAAUGACUGUGCACAAAGGUUGUAUAAUUAGUGACCUAUCUGUGCAGUAUUUGCACUAUUGACUUGUAUAUAAUCUUUUUCAUGCUUUUGUUUACAUUUAGGAUUCAUUAUCUGUGACUCGAGCAAUGUGAGUCUCAUCAGUGGCAUUGCCAUGAAACAUUAAUAUUUUGGGCUGGAAAUUAUUUGAAUUAAGUGCUUUACUCAUACCUAAUAUAAGAAAGUUAAAUGUUUUUAAAGCAAUGGCCCAGAUGUUCCAUGGAGCAGCAGUCAGAUUGCUGCUCCGCUCAAACUUCUCCGUGCCUAGACACUGCUCCAGAAAUACGGAGCGCCGCAUCCCUCGAAGAACUCCAUUGUAGCAUUGUAGUGUUAGGGGGAAGCAAAGCGUACCCCCUUUUUAUGGCACUAGCUGCUGUAUGAUAAAUUUAAAUGUGUGGUGUGAAUGUUAAUGAAUUGGUGAGUGGAUGAAUGAGUGAACGGGUAGGGUGGUAGAGUGGGUGAGGUUAAGGAGUAAGGUGGGUGAGGUAAGUGGGCAGGAUGGCAGAUGGAUAAGAUAGCAGGUGGGUGGCGUGGGGUUCAGGGGGUGGUGGGGGCGGUGGUUGGUUGUGUAGCUAUCCAGGUGUUAGACCGGGUUUUAAUCUAACAUUUCUAUCCAGGUAAGUACCACAGAACAGCCCAAACUAGCUCAGAGUUGACUCUAGCUCAGAGUUGGAGACUUCCAUAGAGGGUCCCGGGGGGCAGGGAAAUUGGCAAUCAGAAGUUCAAAUUUCCUGGGCAAUUCCCAUGGAAGGCAGUGCAUCGUGACUUGGGUUCCGAUGCACAUCUUGGGUCGUACAUCCGGAAUCUAACAAUCUGAAGACUGGAAGAUCUAGACCAUUGUUUCAGCCCUUUUUAGAUACAUUUCUAAUUUUUCUUUUGACAAGACCAUAGUAAAAUGCAAGUUCCCCAUGCACCCCCUCCCCCACACUUUGUGAUCCUUUACAGAAACUUUCAUGUUCAAGUAUGUUUUCCCUAUAAUUAUUUCAAUUUUUAAAGAAAGACCUGCAACACCAAAUUUGUCAAUUAGAACCUAACACAGUUUAGGGUUUAGAUGAUUGUGUUCUUGAAAUUAGAUCUCUGUGACUUGAUACUUUUGACCAGUUUCAGAGGCAGCAUACGUAGACCAGCCAAAUACGUAACUAAAUCUGAUUGGGAGGAAGGCACACAAAUUUGUUUUUAACAUUGAAAGCUAUUGGAGUUUGCGCUAUGCUAGAUGAAGAUUUAGCUCUUUACAAUUUCUCCAUCAUUCUCAACAAUCACUAGGGACACAUCUUUGAGAUAUCCAUCCUUGUCAGUUUCCUUAAAGAGUUUUGUUAAGCCAUCUAAUAUGCAAAUGCACUUGUUUUGAAAAAUAUUUUUUCCUCACCAAAUCUGUUCCCAGAUCCCUGUGCAUCUCUUCCAGUUAUUGUGUAGUUGGCCAUUGGAAUACCAAUUGAUUGCACGACAUGGUAGUAUAUAGUGUACUAUAUGCUGCUUUUCACCAGUGACCUGGAAUUAAGUCGAACCAGAAAUGGUGAUAGAACCUUUUAUAGUCGAGAUGUUUUGUCAUAUAUGUUUUGUCUUUAGGGCCACGAUCUAAAGCUGUCCCUAAAUUCGUGAUCUAAUUGAGAUAUCACAAGGAUCUUGUUGGUGUGGGGAAUGUAAAAUUUCACACCAUCAAAAUACAGUUUGCUGCUCAGUGGUUGGGAGCCGAAUAGAGAGAGCUGUACUUUGCAUUUGGCUAUAUUAUACUCAAUCUGGAACUGCUUGACAAUGACACUAAGCAAAAUGUGAUUUCUUUUUGGUGGAUGGAGAAGAAUAGAGAAAAAGAAAGUCAUUGACAUCACUUUACAAAGAAGGCACAAGGAACAAGUUGAUCUGAAAGUUUAAUUGAAAUAACGUUGUGAUGGACUCUCAUUAAAUAACGACAGCAUAAAUAACUCCCUCCCUCCUGCAGAGUGAAAUGGAAGUACAAAUCAAUUUGCAAAGUAUAUCAUUUAAUAAAUUUAAAGGGGAAAUAGUUAAUCUCACAGCCAUGAUGAUUAAUGCCUGCUGGAAACACAUGCCCAUUCUGAGAUAGUGAACUAUUAAGUGUUAGUUAUAGUGUAAAAUACUGAAAUACUAUAUGUUGUAGGCUCUAUAUAUUUGUCUUCGCCUCUGUAGUGGUAAAUAAAAGCUAUGGUCCUGCUUUAUUAACUUUUUCCUGCUAUAGCUUAAAUGUGUGCAGAAGUGGUGCACUGAUCUUUGGAAAAUAUAAGUGAUACAUAUUUUUAGAAAUAAUAUGAAAACAAUGGACUGGAUUUGGUAACAAUUAAUUUCAAAGAGAUAUGGGCAUUUGUGUAUAAAAAUUGGAAAAUGCAUAUGAUUAAAGUGCGCAAAGAUUUAAAUUCA